AUGUGGCUGUUUUCAUUCAUUCUGCCCAUCAUCAGACUUUAUUUAAUAGGAGUGAAAGUGCUGAUCGACCAGCUGCUGCACAAAUCCUUCACUUUACCAGUUUUGCCAAGACAGGAUGGGAAGGUUGCUAUAGUGACGGGAGGAGCCAGAGGAAUGGGCUAUGAAACUUCUCGGCACUUGGCAAGCCUGGGCGCACGCGUGGUCAUCGCUGGAAAUGAGGAAGAAGAAGGUCUUUCUGCGGUGAAGAAGAUUCAGCGAGAGACUGGACAUGACAAAGUGGAGUUCAUGUACCUGGACCUGGCCUCCUUGGAGUCUGUGCGGCAGUUCGUGCAAGGAUUUAAAGCCAGGGCUCUCCCUCUACACAUCCUCGUUAAUAACGCGGGUGUCAUGCUGGUUCCAGAGAGGAGGACGGUGGAUGGGUUCGAGCUGCACUUUGGAUUAAAUUAUUUAGGCCACUUCCUAUUGACCAAUCUGCUGCUGGACCUUCUGAGAGAGUCGGGCCGUAGCGGGAAAUGCUCCCGCAUCGUUACGGUUUCCUCAGCCACUCAUUAUGGAGGAAGACUUAACCUGAACGACCUGCAGAGCAGGUCAUGUUACUGUUCUCAUGGUGCAUAUUCUCAGAGUAAACUGGCACUGGUGCUCUUCACCUACCGCCUGCAGAAACAGCUGUGGGCUCGAGGAGAUCCAGUAACUGCUAACGCCGUGGACCCAGGCAUGGUGGAUACAGACCUCUACCAGAACCUGUGCAGUCCUGCCCAAAUGGCAAAGAAACCUGUGGCUAGACUACUCUUCAGGACCCCGACUGAAGGAGCGUCCACCGCCAUUUACACAGUGGCCGCCUGUGAGCUGGAGGGACUAGGUGGUCUCUACCUGUACAACGGCCAAAAUAGGGAAUCCUCAACCUGCUCCUAUGAGCGGCAUCUGCAGGACGAUUUGUGGACCAAAAGCUGUGAUUUGGUGGGUCUUCAAAAAGCCUGAGGAACCAGAGGAACCUGAGGAACCAUCAGCCUCAUGAGCCAUCAGUUGACGCUUAUGAUGGAAGAGCACAUUUUAGUUUAUUUAAGACAUAUAAGAGUGUUUCUGCUGCUUCUGCACAGCUCUGCAAUCACUGGAGUCACGACUUAAUUCUUUUGUGCAAAUAGUAGUAGUAGUAUUUCUGGAGAACUUCAAAUCUGUCUUCUCCCUAAUCAAAUUGUUGAUUCAGGCUUCUGCACUAUACGCUAAUCUUAUUUCAACAGCACUAACGACAGUACCGCAAAUGCAAUACCAAGUUCUACUGAUUUGCCAAUCCAGGGCUGUGUUCACUUUCGAAUCCUCACCAUGUAGAAGAAAGACAAUCAGCACACCGGUGGAUCAAAGUCUGGAAACGUGCAGCCUCAAAACGUCCGAGCUGGACUUCUUUGUGAUUUGAUUGUCAGUUUUUAUAAAUGUUAUAAAUAAUUUCUUGUGCUGUCUUUCGUGGCUGUCCAUGUGUGGUCCUGUUGAAUCUUACGCUAAUCACAGGGAUGCGACGCACUGUGGGAAUAGCCUGGUUGUUUGUCUGAUCUUUUCAUUUUCAUCUUUUCACUGUGGCACCGAAAUUCUGUGUACGAAGCUCGAUAGCGUUCCCCACGCAGGUACUCACCCGGGUUACCGGCUGUUUUUUUUUUUU